UGCUUACGUCGAGUCGUCUCACAAUCGUUACGAGCUACAUGCAGAGUAAACGUAUCGCGAGUGUCUACAGUUUCUCUUGUUUCGUUUUGACGUGAAAUAGUACAUAGCAAAAAUGAGGAUUCAAGACUGGUAUAUCGCCGCGGCCGCCCUGCUGACAUCCGUUGCAGUGGAGAUGGUUUUGUCAGCGAAAGUGCCCAUCACGUCUUGCCCGCUGAAUCACUACGCCGUCCUCAAUGAUGAGGGGAACGGUAUCUCGUCAUGUCGAGUAUGUGACUCCUGUCCGCCAGGCUACGGGGUAGUUCAGCCCUGCUCGCCCACUAAAAACACCGUCUGUGGACUCUGUGAUAUGGGCACAUUUUCAACUACAGUAAGUGCAACGGCCAGCUGCAAACCUUGUCAAACUUGCCAGAGUGUAGGCAUGGUGAAAGAGUGUAGUCCCAUAUCAGAUACUGUGUGUAUGGAACAUUGCCCGUUUGGCGAGUACUUCGAUCCUACAACGCUUUCCUGCCAACGAUGCUCCUAUUGCUUCCCCGACCGCCUCUACGCCCGAACAGCCCGCGUAGUCGACUGCCAGCGACAGGGGCUCCACAUUGACCACCAGUGCUCACCGCUACCUGGUGCCGAUGCGGUCGGCGUUGUGCAUUCGCGGGUUGUAACCGCAGAUCGGCACCGCAGCGCUGCCGCGGCCAGGCGACAUAGAGGCCGCACGGUACAUACCUCUACCGUGGACAGAACAGCGCAACGUGCAGAGAUGAAUGGUAGGAGACAACCGGCACCGGAAAACCAGAAUAAUAACGAUGAAGCCUAUCUCGACGUGGUCCCGUCAACUAUUCCUCUUUUCCGAAGUACCGAAGCCCCUCCUCUGUUUGAAGCUAGACCUAUGAGACCCGACAUACUAUUCGAUCCUUCAAAAAUUGAGACGUCAGCAAAGUCCGGGGUACAAUUUACUUCAACAAAUGCAUACGAUAGUAAGGACCAAGCAUCGGGGGUAUAUAUUGAUACUACGAAGCAUGACUUUGACCCAUCAAGUAUUCCCAAAUCUUAUAAACAGGAGUCCAUAAUUCCUUACUAUCACUCGUUGACUUCGACGGACGUCGUUCUCCUAAUCGUCAUCGUCAUCAUUGUCAUGCUGAUCUCAAUCGUGAUAACGGUUUUAUCGUGUUACUGUUGGAUGAGCAGAGGUAAAAACUUGCAUGGACAAAAGGUUAAGGCAAUCAGCUCGAAACCGCCAUCGAAUGCGUGGUCGUACCAGGACAUGAUGCCGUCGUCGUUGACAGAGCACCUGAUCCAAGACACACCGCCGCAGACGAGGAAACUCAUGACAUGUGUUUGAGUGCGUCACGAAAGAUUCAAGCAGACACCUAAAUAAACUUUAUUACAAGAAACAGAUAUAUUUUCUAUCGAACUCCCUAUACGACAUGGGUUAGAGGGAGUGACGAAAGAUCCGAGUGGACACUGAGCAAACGCUAUUGCAAGGAACAGAAACAUAUCUCUCCUGUCCUACUCCCUAAUAACCGUUGCACUCGAGGCGCCAGUUUCCUGACGCAUGUUUCCUGACGCAUGACUGCGUCAGCGACUGGCACGGCAGCCCUUGACGCGACACUUGAGACUGAAAUACCGUAUGAAUACAUGAAGAGAUUAUUUUUGCUGUGGUGUCGUUAUUUUGCCAUCUAGGCAUGAUGGCUUUAGCCACUUUCAAAUACAUGUACAGGUGUAUGUGAGUUUUCAGAAACAAAUGGGGUAAAUGCAAUCGUAGGGCGACAUAUCUUCCAGGACAUUAUAAGGGGAAUAUUCUAUUGAUACUGACUCAUCAUAAAGAUGUUGCCUUCAAUGUGGAAGAUCAUAUUUAUGUUUACAAUUCUACAGUACUAUAAAUAUUACCACCACCACCAAUACUACUACUACUACUACUACUACUACUACUACUACUACUACUACUACUACUACUACUAUUCCCAUAAUUACAACUACCACUAAUUCUUCUACCAAUAUUUCCAUCUAAGCAGCUGCGUUAUAAUAAGAGUGACCAAAUUUUAAUAAUGCAACAGACAGUAGGCAUCAGCAUAUCAUCGUAUUUUUUGAUAUUGCAGUUAUGAUUAUAUUUGGAUAUUACUGGUAAUAAUCAUUGGGUGUACCAUAUUUAUUGAUUUUUUUUCUUGAAUUCCAUUUAGAACAACAUAUUCAUCUCAAUGCAAUGGGCUUUUUAAUCUAUACGCAUUAGAUAAUAAUUGGAAUUGAAAGUACGAUGGAUCAAACUCAAAACAGAGCAGAAAACGUUGGAAAAUUUGCCAUAAUCUUAAAUGUAGAACCCUUAUAAUUCAAUAUUAGUCUUUAUAUCUGAUCUUACAACAUUACUAAACCAACGUAAACUACGGGAGGAGAAGAAUAGUUCUUCAUGUAACUACGACUCGGACUAUAACAACUUUAAUAGAAAUAUGUAUUUUUUUAUAAUGUCACGAUUGAUUACCUAUAUUGUACAUAAUUAUGUAAGGUCUUCGCACGCGUAUAGUGUAUACCUGGACUCGUAUCACGAUGCACCUGCCUUUCUGAGUUUUCAAUGUAAAUAAUUAUUUGUCAGUUUGUCAGUUUGUCAAUUCGUCUUUUAAUAUACAGUAUACAUGUAGUAUGGGUUGUAUGUAUAGCCUUUGACUUGUAGUCGAAGGUUCGUUAACCGAAUUUUAAAACAAAGCAAUAAUACUCCAAGUUUGCCGUUGUUUGCUAGACUCGCCAAUCAGUCUUUUGCUUUUUAUUUUUCAAUUUUUAACCGUUCCAAAUGGCAUGAUUGACUUUUCAAAACGCGCAUCGCUUAUCAGUUGUUUUAGGAUAUCUCAUCGUUCGUGCCAAAUUUAAAACGUGGCAGUUGCAACGUGGCAAAGGUUGAUCAUCUCGCAUGAUUUACAGUAAACAUUAUUAAGAUGUUUGUUCACGUAGGCCUGUUCGUUUAUAUAACAGUUUUUUUUAAUGAUCGAAUACGAACGUGGGAAACUUCAAUGCACAUGUACGCAUUAUUCAGCAUUAAACACGUGUGUUAUGAAGAAAGGAGUUUAUAUAGCACAUGUUGUAUUUUAUCUUCUAUAAAACUCUACCAAAAACGAAAGAAACAUUUGGCUCUGUGAUGUAAUACUCAAUACAAUAUCACUGGAAUGUCCCUAUAUUUUAUAGCAGAAUAUCUCGUAAUAUUACUAUAAUCCUAGCCAAUUUAUAAUUUUUAUGUAUCACGAUAAGCCGCAAUAAUGGUCGAUUGUUUAUAGCAUGGAGAUUGUUUCGAAUUUUCUUGAAUUUUAUCGAGAACUGUUUUAAUGACUGUGUUUUUUACAGUUUUGGUAUUUCAAAAAUGUUAAUUUAUUUUCCUAAUUCAAAUAAAAAACGAUUAAACUCAAAUUGGUAAUUUGU